AGACAUGGCUGCAACCCAUGGAGUCCCGGCUGCAGCAAUGGUUGGUGAUGAGAAAAAGCAGGCUACUUUCGAGGAGCUGAUAGCGGCUGGAAGGGAGAUAGCAGCUUUGGAACCAAAGGUUGAUGCACGUGAAGAAGCUGUUACUCGCGGUGUCAUUGUAAAUCAUCAUAGGAAGUUUGCCCCUUUGAAGUUAUAUGAUCAACAUAACUGGUCCGGAAAGCCGGUUCCGAGCUACCCCGAGGUUGUUGUAUAUCAGCAUCUAGAUCCACCGAUUCCAUUCAAGCACCAAGGGCCUCUUCCACAAAGGUCCAGGGGAGGGGUGGUCUAUGUUGAUGGUGUCGACUCCACUGCUCGAAAAUGGCUCGUAGCUUUUGACCUUUUAAAACAGAAGGUUUACGUAGAAGCUGGGCCAAUAGGACCCGUUGAUUGGAAUGUAGUCGAAGUCAAACUUCAAGCAUUUGGAGAUCAUAAAUUUUACGAGGACCCAGUUUUUGGGAGCAAAGCUGAAGCAAGAAACGACGUUGAUAUUGUCUUUGCAGUGUUCUCUAAUUAGGAUUUGAUAUGAAAACCUUGUUAAAAAGUUGUUGUAUGGACUAGCUCAAGCCUAAGGUCACGCUGUAAUUAGGCAUUUUAUAAUAAGCUACUAGUAAUUCAUAAUAAAGUCUUCUUAAUUGUG